AUGUCGGGCCGAGAGAGACGGGUCAACGGCGUUCGGUCUGCUCGCGUCGUUCCCGGCGCCCCUCGCGGCGCCUCGCGAAGAAGCCGAACCGGAGGUGUGAUGGACCACAAGGCGCCUUCGCACAGUUGUCGCGCAGUCGUGGCACAACGCGGAGGAUUCCAAGCCAGUCGAACGUCUCCCUGUGCGUGUCGGACAGAUGAGGCAAACGAGGAACAUUCAGCACAGGACCGCCCGUCCGCUCAUCCGCCUCGCAUUCCGUUACCGUUCCUGCAUCCUCUGUCCCCGCGGCUUCCUCCAGCCGCCAGCAGCGACGUGCACGGCCGCGAGGAUGGCGUCGCGGCGGGUCCUGGCGAUGCCGCGCUCUCAGGGAUGUCGCCCGAAGGCUUUGAGAAAUGCGUGUUUCACGUGUCGCGUACGUCCCGCCGAGAAGGAAGAGAAGACAGCGAGAGGCGCCACGCACGAUGCGCGCGAUUCGAGCCCAGUCUAACGCCUGCGCAGGGUGCGCCUUCAGUGCCGAGAGAAGAAACAGCCGGGGCAGAGAAGGCGCAGAGGCGGCCUGGGGAGGCUCGACGGCGGUUGCGAGAGGGUCAAGUGACGAGGGAAGAGAGGAGGAGCGAAGGACAGGUGUACAUUCCAGCGGGUAUCGGCCCAAGAGAGAAACGUAAAGGGCUGAACGAGGCGCGGGCAGACGCAGCAGGAGACCAGAGGCGGAGCGAAAUGCAGGGAGAGAGCGUCGCCUCCCAAGGAAGCAACUGGGGAAUCCCGGAGGUGUGCGCUUCUCGUCACAAUCGCACGCACGGCGAACCGGAAAGCACACAAGACGCUGGCGCGGUAAAGGCUACCGGAGCACACUUCUUCCUUCCCGUCUCGGCUGCAGGGACACUGACGGGGGACACGCCUCGAGGCGUCUCCGUACACCUUGCGCCAUUUGCAGUUUCUUGGAGCGGGGACGGGGAUUUGAGCCUCCCCUUGCGUGUCGAGACUCCGACGCGAAAUGGGCGAAAAGCGAAGCUGGAAACGGAUGCUGUCCCGCGUCUCCAGCUGUCGCGCGUCGCAGGGGACUGCGUAGGCGCUUCACGAGUGAACCGUCCUUGGGCGCCGCUUCGCGGGCGAGCACCGACAAGGCACGGAAACCUAAGAAACGGGACAACGACAAAGACUAAAGAAAAGCGAGAAGCGCGAGCAAAGCGACACGAGGGAGACGAGAGGCAGACAGGGAGAGAGCGAUCCGACGAAGACGAGACGGGCGAACAACGCGAGGCCUUACAGGACGCGUGCAGUGUCGUGUCGUCACUGUUUGACGACCCGGAAUCGUGCGCGUCUCUGCCCAGACGCGACGGCGAGCCUCGAGAGGCGUCUCCCUCGCGCAGCUCUUCUCGCUCGCCGCAGUCGCUCUCUGCGUGUCUCGAGGUUGCCUCUUUUCCGAGCGAGGACGAAGACGCGGUCGACUCACAGCUGGCCUCCUACGCGUCAGCAGACUGCCUCGAACUCUCGGAGCAUCCGCUGGCAUGGGGCGUCUCACCGCAUGGAGAUUCGGCGAAGACGCGUUUCACGGUCACCCCCUCAGCUUCGAGAAGGCGCCGAGACACUCUCAGCUCAGAGUCUGUCUCGGGCGACACGGGGCGGCGAAACGCGGCGUCUUUGUCCUUCUUUUCUUCGCGCCGAAAACGCGCCGCUUCGUCCCGCCUCGUCUGGGGUUGCGUCGAAGAGACAACGGAGAUCGUCGAAGGGUUCAGCGGAGAAGAGACCGGAGACACGGAAAACAAGGGAGACGGAGGCGACGCCUUUCCCCCUCUGGCGAGCGCAGCGUGCAGGCACAUAAAAAUACACAAGAGGCGAGCGAGCUGGACAGAGGUGCACACGGUCGGUGGCGACGAGGCGUGGGCGACGGAGCGGAGAUCGACGGAGCGGGGAGCGACGGAGAGGGAACGCCAAAGGAAAGAGGUUAGGGGCGCGUCGACGGCUCGACGCAGGAACGCAUGCGCAGAACUGCUAAAGGCCAUUGGUCUGUCGGCGGUCUUCUCUAGGCCUUCUGAGGUGUCCUCCCCGCAAACGGAGAAUGGCGGACAACGCAGGACGACGUCGCGCGUCCAAAACGGCCGGCUCCGGGACGCCUCAGGGAACGGAAAAGAAUCCUCUGUUUGGUGGGACGAGGAGGAACGGAGCGCGGCUGGGCCUAAGCUUUCGGAGACCAACGCGAGUGUGGCGCCACAUCUUUCGUCGCUCCGCUCGACGUGCGAAGGUGUUCAUGAGGGGCGAAGCGUGCAAAGGAGAGAACAAGCUCGGACGACGUCCCUCUCGGCCCCUUCUUUCUCGACAGUGUCGUCUGGUAGCGACGCCUCCUCUCGCAGUGAAGCGCGGGACGAGCGAGCUGUUGGUCCACGACGGCGUGGAAGCCGCUUUUGCCGUUUCUCUCGUUCUCCUGCUUGUUCCUCGCCGAGGUCGUCGGUGAUUUACCCUGUUCGGCCAACGCGCAGUUCCUCCCUUUCUGGCGAACUGUCUCCGUGCGCGUCCCCUGAGGCGGCGCCCGGGGACUGCCGCACCCCUGUGGUGUACGUGGCCUGGUGGCCGACCGCUCCGGAGCAUCUCUUGUCUGUGUUUGAAAAGGGAGUGUCUCGCGUGAGUUCGGCGCCUCGCGGAUGGUCUUCGGAGACCAGCGACGGGCGAGCAGCUGCAGCGGGCCGGACCUCAGAGGCUGAGCAGAGUGAGAUUCUGAGGAGACAACUGGCGACGCUGCGCCUCGACGGCAUUCAGUACGUUCUGCGGGACGGAUCUGGCCUCGCCUGCCUCGUAGGCUUCUUCACGGAGCGGCAUCGCGACGUGUUCCUCAGCUACUAUGGCUCCACUGAGCCGGUGGGAUCGAUGAGGCGGCCGCCGAGGUGGUUGUGCGACAUUUGCCUCGCAUCUGUUCUCGCCCUGUCGUCGCUUUCCGCUUCGGACGCUGUCCUCGAGACUGCGCCGGGGCGACGCCGGGGGCGGCCUCACGGCGAGCGCGAAGGCGAGGAUCCGAGAGAGACAGAGAGAUCCCCCGCGUCGUGUCUCCGCGUGUCCAGAGCGCGGGACGGCUCCCGUCCCCUGUCUCCGUCUGAGGCUCGUCCGCAUGCGACCGGUCUUGCGCGGCGGGCGUGGCAGAUCCUGAGGCGAAGCGGCUUCGAGGACGUCAUCAUGGCGCCUGCGUCGCUCGUCUCAGAGGCUGCUGCGCUGAUGACCCCGGCGGGCUCUCCAGUCGAAGACGCGCAUGGCACUGGCGUCACUCUCGCGCCGCCCUGCUUGGGCGUCUUCCUCUCGUGGCUGCCGUUCGCCGUCUGGGCGGGGGGCCAGAGGCAGGCGUGCGCGUUUGUGAACGAGCGACUGCAGAGGCUCUUCCAUUUCAAGUGCCGGCGCAUGCAGUUUCUGCCCAGCGGAGGCGCGCAGCUCGAGUUUGACAGUCCAGCCUACGCGGCGCGUUUCAUGAAGCGGUACGGCGGGCUGCGCGAGUCUCUGCGCACGCAGCGCUUCAUUGACCACUUCUUCCCCACCCUGGAUUUGUUCGUCAAUCCGACGGAGCGACUGACGGCCCCGCUCUUCAUCUUCCAACUCGCCACCUAUCCCCUGUUGAGCGCUCUCCCCUCACUCGCCUCGGUCCCCGCCGACCCGCGUUUGUGUGGGCCGGGGCCCGCAGAGCCUCGUGCAGCUUCGCGCUCUUCGCGCUCUUCGCCGGGCGAGGAGACGCCGGAGGACACCGCGAGCGAGCGGCGCGCAGCCGAGCACACAGGCGCGGGUCGGCGGGAACGGCGUUUCGGCAAAACCGCGACUGCAUUCGAGGAAACGGCGCCAGCGGGUGAGAAGGAGCGAGGGGAGCUCGAAAACGGCGGGGUGCGCGAGGGAGGCGGGGCAACGCCGACGCAGAAGGCACGGACGAAGAAGACGCGCAAACGGGCGACACACACCGCAGAAGCGCGCGGUGAAGAAAAGGUAGAGGGGAAGGGUGAGAGAGAGAAAGGCAGGAAAGGGGGAAACGGGAGCUGUGGAACAGGAGGCAGUCAAUACACGGACGAAACAGAAACGAAGGAAAGACUGAGGAUGGAGAAGGGUGGCGACGUCUCUUCCUUCCUCGAGUGGGAACGUCACAAAGGCAACUCCCAGCCGGGAACUCAAGACUGGAUGCUUCACGGAGACGCAAACGGCACGGGCACGCGUCAGCGCCCGGCGGCUUCAGCUGAAAGAGCCGGCCAGAAGUUGUCUUCGUCCACCUCUGGUCUGUCGCUUUCCGGCUCGCCGUUCCAGCUUGCGUCUCCGCUUUGCGGCCCUUCGUCGCCCGGCGGACACUGGUGGGGGUGCGAGGCGGAGUGGGGCGAGCCGGCAAACGCUCGCUCUGUCUCUUCGAGUUUGGCAGGCCCCGGCUUUGAUGCAUUGCCUCCCUCCGCGAACAGCGAAACCGACGCCGCCACGGACGCGCCUCAGGUCGACCCUGCCGCCCGCUGGAACGGCCGGACGGCGUCUUCUCGGGUCUCUUGCGGGGUCAAGAGGCGGCGGAAUCGGAAUUGCCCGUCUCGUCUAGCUCUUCGUAGCUCCUCUGUCUCAGCAUCCUCAUACUUUUCCUUGUCGCCACCUUCUUCUCCUUAG